AUGACGUCCCUCAACCGCUAUGUACCAUACGUCCUCGCCGUAUCGGCACUCUUUUGCGUUAUCGAGCUGGGCUUGACUGCAUACAUCGUCUCCCCAUGGGGAGCACCUAGCUCCAUGGAGUUCAUGCUCUUUAACUCAGUAUGGACACUGCUCGUCCUCGCUUAUAUCGGUCUGGUCCCGAUGUACGUCUCGCGCUACUAUCACCGCCAAGCGGGCCUAGCUCUUAAGUGGAUAACAACCAUAUUCUGGUUCGCCGGCUCGAUCGCUCUGGCUGCGUUCUGGGGUGCCCCGAGAUGCUAUGGCAACAACUACUGCAACACUGUUGAGGCGGCCUGCGCCUUCGGCUUCUUCCUGUGGCUCCUCUUCUCUUUCAUCACUUUCGUCGACACGGUCGACUAUCUGCGGGGCGCUAAGGCCCAGCCCGCAGCGGCCGUCUAG